AUGAUAAAUAGAGACGAGACGGGCGACAACAGUGACCCAUUCAGAAAACUCCGCUAUCUCCCCCCUCCUCAGACCAGCCAGCACCUAUUCCACCCCCAACCUAUAAGACCUACUGUUGGUCCAGCUUGUUUGGUAUGCCAUCCUUCAACAACAACAAUAGUUGGUCCUCUCCCCAUGACUAACACAGACCCCAGUGGAGCCAUAGAUUCUUUCUCCCUUCGUGACAGCUUGUUCGGACAGGAAGAGUUGAGCCCCGGUGCCAGACACUUCACUGUCGAGAGCCAGUAUCUUCAGAGAACCGCGCCUCGCUUUCCAACCGAGUAUGUGAAUUGGCGUUUUGGGGACCCCAUUCUCUCAGGUUGGAGAGUCACCGUGACGCCUCGCGUUGUUAACAGUCCCCGUCCUGAACAGCAUCACAUCUUGGUUCCCGAUAUUGAGACUUCUGAGUCCUAUGAACGUCGCCGGGAUAUCUCCGCAUUGCCCUUGUUCUGUUCACAGCCAGAUCAUACCGUGAUAGAGCAUGCGGCGAUCCUGCACAGUAUGAGGAAUUCUGAACCCGAGCCUGUCAUCGUCCAGGACCCCAAAAGAGUAUUUAGACCGGGCAGUGCUCUUGAAGACACGACUAUGAAUUAUGGUGAUCCUCACGAGCGAAGUUCCCCCAAAGAGACAACCGCCCCAAAGACCACUAAUGAGCCGGGCGACACGUUUCUGUUUUCUAUGCCUGUAAUGGGGAAGGAAGUAAUACUGUGUGAGUUCGAAGAGUUGGCUACGCAUACGGCGAAAUGUGACAUCUGUAACAAGCGCAAUUCUUCCGGGAUGUCUCGCUGUCUGACCUGCGGUUGGCAGACUUGCUACCCGUGCACAAUUGCCCGUGGUUAUUUUCGCACCCACCACGUCAACGGUAAUAUUCACACUGGCCCCACUAGCCAGAACGAUCUAAACGCUGCUGCUGAAGAAAUUUCGAAAGCGAAGAAGAAGAGCAGUCCGCCCAAGAAGAAUAAAGGCUCUAGGACUGCCAGAAAAUCCAAGAAAGGCCGCCCGGCUAAGAAUAAAACUCCGAAGAAGGCUCGGAGAGCACCUUCGAAGUCCCCAUUUGUGCCUAACAAAGCAGAUGCUGACCAGGAGGGUUCCGCAGUGGAGGAUAGUGACUCGAAAAAUCGUAAGAAACAAAGUGACCAGGAGGCAUGGGACGUAGAUUCUAUUCUCGAUGAUGACGCCACUGAGUACCUGCCGGAGGAUGACCAGUUGGAAGAAGAAGAGGUUAGCACUUGGAGACCUUUAAGUGCUCCAUUGAAUCAGAGUAGUUUGCACAGCGGGAACCUCCAGCAAGCCCAACGAGGACAUGGGAUACGACGUCAAAAGAAGUUCAGAGGCCAGAAGUUUGAAACCACAAAGGAGGAUGAUGUUGACACGACUCCGACCAAAUCGAAAGCCUCUGGACAGCGGACUAAAGCUCAGGCUUACUGUCGAAAGCAGCCAGGGACAUACCCUCGUUUAUGAUUUUGUAUCAAGACGGAACGAUGCUCAAUGGAGAAUGGAUUCACCCUGCAGCUAUCGGGGCCUACAAAUAUGUACAGCCAUGUUCAUGUGUCCCAAUCUCAUUUAUCUCUCCAAAAAUGUUGAUUUUGACCGGGUUCUACAGUUACUGAUCUUGCACAGCAAAGGACAAGCAGGUUAUAACAACGUGCCAAAGGUUUAUCAUUAAACCUGGAAGCCUUUCGCUAUUUGUGACAAUCUGGGAUUCCUUUGUCGUAUGAUGUAUCACACUGUUCUACCACGGUUACUCGUUCUGAUAUUCAUUCUAUGGUCUUGAGAAGUUCUUUGUUUCAGAUUAACAGCAACAUCUUCUCCCUGAUAAGAGAUGUGUCCUGUCUUUUAUCUGUUUGUACAUCUUUCCACAAAUCGGUGCUUGUUUUCUCUGCCGCGCCUGGGCAGAUAUCUUAAACUUUCAAAAUAAUAACACAUAGGGCGAUGGCUUUGCUAGCCUUGCUUGAUAUCCGAGCUGCAUAAUGGGAAUCUUUGCUUACCGUUGUACAAAUCUUGUAUAGUUGAGGUCAGUAUGGUUGGUUUAACUAUAAUUACACCAAGAGGGAUGGGGUUGAACCUGUCAUA